UGCAGUUAGAGUAUCUUUGAACGGCAUUUCCACAGCGAUGCGUUUAGCAAUGAGGCUGUGUGUCUUUCUGUUAUUCAUUGUGGCUUCGAGCUUCGCCUCCGCUGACAAGGUGACAACGGCCUCAGUGUACUGGGACCCCGAAGACAAGGUCGUCGUGCUGAAGGAAGGAGUGCUGGAGACGGAAGGGGAUGCAUACGGUUAUCUGAAUGACACAAUGUCACGUACAGGCUGGAGUGUCCUAGAGAUCCGUGCCGGGUAUGGGAAGACCCCUGAAACUGAUGAGGUGACUUUCUUCCUGGCUGGCUACCUCGAAGGCUUCCUCAGCGCCCAGCAGAUGAUAGACCACUAUGCCAACAUGUAUCCGCAGCUGAUCCACGACCCAAAGAUCCUCGGCCCACUCCAGAGUUUCAUGACGAAGCAGGACUUAUGGACCAGAGAGCAGGUCAAACUGAACCGGAGCUCGGAUCCUCUGUGGAAACACGCAGGCUUCAUCGUGGCUCAGAUGGAUGGGCUGCAAGCAGGAGUAGCACACUGGGCAAAGACACAUGGACAAAAGCCGCUGUCCCUGUUUGCCGUCCAGUUCCUGAAUGCAGUGGGAGACCUGCUGGAUCUGAUCCCAGCCUUGGUCCCCACCUCCAACCCUCUCAGAAACUUCAAGCUUCCUGGCAUGGGCCACUGCUCUGCUCUCAUCAAGAUGCUGCCCGGCUUUGAGAACCUCUUGUUUGCCCACUCCAGCUGGUACACGUACGCUGCUACAAUGCGGAUCUACAAACACUGGGAUUUCCACAUCACCGAGCCCCACACAGCCACCGGGAAACUGUCCUUCAGCAGCUACCCUGGCUUCCUUGUGUCUAUGGAUGACUUCUACCUCCUGGGCAGUGGUCUGAUGAUGACCCAGACCACCAACAAUGUCUUUAACGCCUCCCUUUUUGACACGGUCACCCCCGACAGCCUCCUGGCGUGGCAGAGGGUCCGGCUGGCGCACAGCUUGGCAAAGACUGGAGAAGAGUGGGCAAAAACAUUCUCCAAGCACAACUCUGGCACCUACAACAACCAGUACAUGGUGUUGGACAGGAGCCGAGUGAAGCUGGGCCUCAGUGUUGAUGACGGCGCUCUGACGGUGGUGGAGCAGAUCCCUGGGCUGGUGGAGUACUCCGACCAGACGCAGGCGCUGCGCAGAGGUAACGACGCGUCUUUUGAUCCUGUUUUUCUCAGGUCUUUGUUUCAUGUGCAGAGUUUCUCUUUCCCUCCGUUUACCAAAGGUUACUGGCCGUCCUACAACGUUCCUUUCCACCACAAGAUCUACAAGCUGAGUGGUUAUGAAGAAAUGUGGGAUAAGCACGGAGAAGACUUCUCCUACGAUCUCUGUUCCAGAGCCAAGAUCUUCCGCCGGGACCAGGCGGACGUGAAGGACCUGGACUCUUUGAAGCGCAUCAUGAGGUCUAACGACUACAAGAAGGACCCAUACUCCAAGGGGGAGCCCUGCAAGACCAUCUGCUGCCGCGCCGACCUGAGAGCAGAGAAGCCGACACCAGCAGGUUGCUACGACACCAAGGUGACAGAUUUCUUCAUGGCCGGGGACUUCCGUGUGGAGGCGGUGAACGGGCCGACGACACAGGACGGACUCCCGCCGUUCUUCUGGGAUGAAUUCAGCAGCAUCAGCCACCAGGGUCUGCCGCAGCUUUACAACUUUACCUUCAUCCGGAUGCAGCCUCUGCUCUUCAAGCCAUGAGGUGUGCUUGUGUUCGUGUGAGUGAGAGACUCUGUCUGUUUGGUGCUUUCAAAGUUCAGGAAUGAUGAGUUCAAGGUACAAUCUGAUGUGCCUUUUGUGAUUCACACAUCUGUUUACGCACUGAUGUUUUUGGUUUAAAUUAUUGCUUCCAGUUACAAUCUCUAAGACCUCCACGUCCUUCCCCUUUGGCGGCGGCCAUGGCAAUACGGGGUAACCGCAGGUGUGUUUGUGGAUCUCACUUUCCAGAAAUACAAAUGUUGUGUGCCUUUUGGAUUUGUCCUCGGCGAUGUCGCACACAGACGGUGAGUUUGUGAUCCGGCCAGAGCAAAGGCUUUCACCACUAAUGGAGAUAGGGACUUCACAGACAAUCAUUUCAUUUAAAAUCUGUGAGAACAUUUUAAUGUUCAGAAUUGAGACCCAAGAAAUGCUUUAAAGUGUUGUUUUUUUAACUUUUUUGACUAACAGUACCUCCUUCCACCUGAUAAAAUGCAGGAUGUUAAACUGCCAAUCAGAUUUUAUGUCUCGUGAUUUUCUAUUUGCAAUACAGGAGUGUUUUUUGUUUGUUUAUACUUGCAGCCAUUUGUGCCUUGACCACUGAGAGCAACUUGAUGAUUUUAUAAUAUGCAGAACGAAUGCACUAGAUCAGUGAAAAUAUGAAAUCUUUUCUUUAAAUGUUUGGAUGUAAAACAUCAUUUCAAUGGUAAAUUAAUAAAUCACAAGGCUGUCUUCUUCUCUGGUGCUGUUAUUCAUAUGUUUCUAUUUCUUAUUUCUGUGCAGAAUUUAAAUAUCUCAGGUUGAUAUUUAUUACACAAAUGUUGUUACUUAUGUAAUAUGAUAUAUCUGUAUAAUGCCACCAUUUCAUGUGUUAAUUUUGUAUUAAAGAUUGGCAGUUGUACCAGCACAGUCCUAUCUUUAAUCUU